AUGGCUAAGCUAGAGUUCGAGGGAGAGUGUCGAUGGGCGAGCGGUCUAAAGUCGUUGGACUUUGGGUCUGAGUUAGAGACAGCGAAGGUUCAAAAUCCUCCACAGCCUGAAAGUAUCCCAGACUCGUCAGCUUAUUUGGAAGGAGUCUACCGAGAAUUCCAGCAUAAGACAUCAGAAGUCAAGCAAACAGUUAAACUGUUGGGAGUGUACGCCGCUGCACUAAUAUCUACUGUCAUUGUAAUAACAAUGGAUAUAGUUUCUCUACAAGUGGUGGCGGCUGCCACAUUCUUCAGCUCCGCCUGGAAGUAUCCCAGACUCGUCAGUGUAUUUGACAGUCUGGAACGAGUCUACAAAGAACUCCAGCCUAAGACAUCAGAAGUCAAGCUAGCAGUUAAACUUUUGGGAAUCUACGCUGUUGCACUAAUGUUAGUUACUAUUUUUUUCAGAAUGGUUCUUAUGAACCACAGUGACCAAGCAUUUUCAUUAGCAGUAUCCUUCGUCACCAUCGUACUGCUGUUCUGCCCUCAAGCUGCUCUGCUCGUCCAUUUCACACAUGUGGCUCAAAGUAUCGCAAAGUUCUUUGAAAUGGUCAACGCCAAGAUCGAGAUGGAAGUUACAAACCCUGCCAGUGUUGACGGCACCCACACAAGAUGCAAUAUGCUUUCUAAAAUCAAGAAACUAAGAACUCUGAUGAACACCUACUGGAUGCUGUGUGACGCCGUACACCAGGCUAAUGGCUUCUACUGCGAUCAGCUAAUGGCCGUUAUCUUCUCCUCGUUUCUCCACAUCACUGUCACGUCUUACUACUUUUUCAUGCUCCUCAAAACUGGUACAUUGUUCUUCACGACUACUGAAGUAGCUUGGAUCUUGCUUAACAUCUGCUACGUAGUUCUGUUACUAAACUCAAGCACGGUCGUCACCAACAAGGCUGAUGAGACAGGACAGACGAUCUGCAAGUUCAUCAACAAGAGCAUGGACCCGGAAUUGAGAAAUCAGCUUGAAGGGUUUCUCCUGCAGUUGCCCCACCACAACGCAAGAUUCUCUGCUCGUGGAUUUUUUUCCCCGCUUAACAACGAGACACUCACAGCGGUUUAG